CGCAUAAUAAGCGUUCUCGCGUUCUGUGGACAGAAUCCAUAAAGCGGACGAAACUGUUACCGUUGUAGACGUGCACGUGCUGGAAUUUAUAUUUGCUUGGCAUCGUUGACAAAUUGCAAGGUGUUUAACACUAAUGAAUAGCUAUUAAAAUUUACUCGUGAAGAAGAAAUUUUGCUAUAUUUGAAAGUUAUUGAACUUUGCAAUAUAUAAUACAUUAGUUUUUGUAUAUUUUCAUUAUAUAUUAUACUAUCGUACUUUGGUAAUUUUUUGUUAAAAAUUGCAAAAGAAUAAAAUAUAAAAUGGGCUUGACUAGACAGUAUCUAAGAUAUGUUCCGGCGGGUAAUGCAAACAUAAUUGCAAGCCCUCGAUGCAACGUUGUUUUUGUAACGUUAGAAGGUCAAGAAGGAAGAUUUGUAGCUAGUGCAGCAUGUGAGCAUGUAUUUAUCUGGGACCUACGACUUGGUGAGAAGGUACAAGUACUGUCAGGUGAAAAAGUGGAUGUGACAUACUUAGCUGCAUCACCUAACAAAAGGCACAUUGCAGUUGGUUAUGCAGAUGGUGCAGUAAAAAUCUUUGAUUUAAAUUCCGUUGAAAAUAUCAGUAUAUUUAUAGGCCAUAAAUCUGCAAUUACAACAUUAGCAUAUGAUGCUUUUGGACAUAAAUUAGCCAGUGGUUCUAAGGAUACAGAUAUCAUCAUUUGGGAUAUUGUUGCGGAAACUGGAAUAUGUCGAUUGACUGGACACAAAAAUGUUAUAACCAAAUUGGUAUUUAUGAAAGAACAUAAUAUUCUCAUUAGUUCCAGCAAAGAUACAUAUGUGAAAUUUUGGGAUAUAGACACAGAACACAAUUUCAAAACUCUUGUCGGACAUAAAUCAGAAGUUUGGAGUCUUGCAUUAAUGAAAGAUGACAAAUAUUUAGUAACAGGUUCUAAUGAUACUGAACUGCGUGUUUGGAAAAUAACUGCUGUUGAUAAUAAAAAUACUGAAUUCAAUACUGCUACAGAUGUUAUAGAUCUGAAUGAGGAGAGUAUAGAUACAGACAUGAAAUAUCCUAUCAGAUGUGAAAAAGCUGGGAGCAUAUUGAGAGCUGGAUACGGUCGAGUCGUUUCAUUGGAAGUUGACUCUACAUGCAAUGUUAUUGGAUGUCAUGGGGUGGGGAAUACCGUAGAAUUGUUUCACCUACUAUCCGACGAUAAAGUAAAGAAUAAAUUUGCAAAAAGAUUAAAAAAGGAAAGAAUAAAGGCUCAGAAGGAAGGGAAUGAUGCAGAGAAGCAACUACCAGAUGCACCGUCUCUGACAGAUGAGAUAAAACGUUUGUCCACUUUUAAAGUAUCGAGUAAAGUCAAAGGGCUUGAUUUAAUUAUAGGCAAAGGAAACGAACUCAGAAUAUGCGUUGGAGUUAACAAUAACUCAAUUGAAUUGCAUUCUCUGUGUACGAAUACGAAGGAUGCUAACGUGAAUUGUUUACGUUCGUUAACGGCGCAUGGACAUCGCACGGACGUGCGUGCUCUUUGCUUCAGUUCCGAUAAUUUGGUAUUUGCUUCCGUUAGUGGAGAUUCAAUCAAACUGUGGAACAGACCCACGUUAGCGUGCUUACGCACAGUACAGUGCGGUUAUGCUUUGGCGGUAACAUUUGUGCCAGGCGACAAACAUCUGAUUGUCGGUUUAAAAGAUGGUCAUAUGCUCAUUGUUGAUAUUGGUACGGGCGAUAUUUUGGAAGAAAUACCAGCGCAUUCCAAAGAAAUUUGGAGCGUGACGUUAUUUCCUGACUCGAAAGGAGUUGCCAGCGGCGGUGGCGAUCAUACUGUAAAAUUUUGGAACUUCGAACUUAUUCCGGAUCCCAACAGUCAAGUAAGAGCAAAAGUGCUCUCUGUUGUACACAUGAGAACGCUUAAGCUUGAAGAGAGCGUACUGUGCGUAAGAAUAAGCCCGAAUAACAAAUUUGUUGCCGUCUCGCUAUUGGACUGCACCGUUAAAAUCUUUUUUAUGGACACGUUUAAGUUCUUCGGAUCGCUUUACGGACACAAGUUGCCAGUGUUGUGCAUGGACAUAUCCAGCGACUCUACACUUUUAGCGACUGGUUCCGCUGAUCGCAACAUUAAAAUAUGGGGUCUGGAUUUCUGUGAUUGUCACAAGUCCAUAUUUGCGCACGAUGAUUCCGUUACGGGCCUUUCGUUCGUACCUGGUACACAUUAUUUCUUCACUUCUGGGAAAGAUGGCAAAAUCAAGCAAUGGGAUGCCGAUAUAUUCGAAAAGAUCGUUACGUUACAAGGACAUUCUGGAGAAAGUUGGAACUGCUGUGUUUCAUCGAACGGUGUUUAUGUCGCAUCGUGCGGUUCUGAUAAAGUGAUAAGGCUGUACGAGAAGACCGAUGAACCUUUAGUGCUGCGAGACGAGCAAGAGGAAGAAAGAGCAGAGCAGGAAGAUGAAUUAGUCACUGGAGAGAGCACUGUGGUGUUGGGGCAGAAACAACAGACGUUACCUUCCAGGAAAACCCUUAGCAGUGAGAAGGCUGCUGAAAUGGUAUUGGAAUGCUUGGAAGUGGUCAAAGAAUACGAAGAAGCAUUGAGUACUUCAGGUAUCAAAGCGCCACCGCUCCCUCUGUUGAUGCAAGGUUAUAAUUGUAAAAAUACCGAAGAUUUCUUAUUAGCGACUUUCAAACGUGUCAGAGCAAGUGAAUUAGAAGAGACGUUGUUGAUGUUGCCGUUUUCCGCCGCAUGUGAGAUUCUGCAAAAGUUACCGGUAUUAUUGAAAAGGAACGAUCAUUCGGAACUAUUCGCCAGAUUAGCCUUGUGCUUGAUACAAGCUCAUCACGGUCCCAUCGUCGCCAAUGGAAAUCUUUUAUCCACAUUGGAGGAGGUGAAGAUGCUCGCCAUGGAAAAGAUAACCACCCUGAGGGAUAUUGUCGGAUUUAAUUUAUACGGCAUGAUGUACAUGCAACGUGUCGUCGAAGAAGAGGAAGGAAUCAAACUCUUUAGGGAUGCCACGAAAAAUAGCAAGCAGAGAAACAAAAUCAGAAGAAAUAAGGAAAAGGCUAUCAAGAGAGCAGUCAUGAAUCUGUAAACCUUGACGACUUUGUACAUAAGUACAACUGAUGAUAAAUAGUGCAAUUUUUUAUAUCAA